GAGGUAGCGCUGUUUGUGUAUCUCUAAGGCCAGCGAGAAUCACAGUUUCUGUUUAAGACAACGCGAAAAGCUGAAAAUGGGUUACGGCGGAUUUCUGACCAUUCUCAAUGGGUCUCCUCAUGAUUUCGCGCUGAGUGGGCAGCACUCGUACCAAAUGGACACCUGGAGUUGGCCCACGAUUCAAGCUGGUACAUCUGCCAAAGUCUACGUUGAAUUUGGAACAAAAGGAAACACGGGGGAUGACGGUGGUGAAGCAUAUUACAACAUCGCUGGAACAUCGGAGAAAUUCAGUGUACUGGGUAGGAAGCCUCGAGACUACCAACUCACAAUUAGCUUGGACGGUUUGUCGACAAAGCAGAGCCCGCAGGGCUCAAAGGUCGAGCUGGGAUUCAGGCACGAUGCAGCCGUCAAUUGGAUCCUCUCAACAGACGAAGCCGAUCAGUGGUGGUCGAACAGUGGAACAACGACAGACUGGAUGCAGCAGAGCCUUGGAUCAUUGGGAAACAGGACGCUCAAGCAUAUUGCUUUGCCCGGCUCCCACGAUGCUGGCAUGAGUUCGUACAAGCCAGGUACCGUUGGCGCUCAUUUCGCAAACACUCAGGCGCAAUACCUCGAUUUCUACGGUCAGCUCAUGGUUGGAUCUCGAUACUUUGACCUUCGACCGGUUAUCUCGAAUGGAAAAUGGGUUUCUGGACACUACUCGGAAAUAGAGGGCCCAGGAAUAUGGCUAGGUGGUAACGGUCAGCCCAUAUUGGACAUAGUAAAGCAGGUGAAUGACUUCACCAGACAGUACAAGGAGCUGGUCAUCAUCAACCUCAGCCAUACGCUUGACACGGAUCAUGAUUACAAGGACCUAUCUCAGGAUCAAUGGAAUCAACUAUUCGAUACUCUCAAAGGCAUCGAAAAUCGCUUCACCGUACAGAACCCCGGAAAUACAGACUUCAGCAACAAAGUGCUGGGAGAUUUCAUCACGGAUCGGGCAUCGGUAUUCAUAGUUGCCCAGCUUCCGAACGGAAUCUCCUUGGGCAACUACGCGAACGAGGGUUUCUACAACCAAAACAACUUCCCAUUCUACGACUCGUACUCGAACUCCAACAAGGCCGACGACAUGGAGAACGACCAACUGUCCAAACUCAAAGCGGAGCGCAACAUAGUUGCCGACUCCGCAAGCCGCAAAGACAAGUUCCACAUCCUCUCCUGGACAUUGACGCAGCAGCCAGAAGAUGUAUUGAACUUCGACAAAGCCAUCAUGAACCUCGGGACCUCUGUCUACGACCACCUAUUCGACAAAGCAUUCAACGCUUUCACGCCCGAAUCGUUCCCGAACGUCUUAUAUGUGGAUAGUUUGGGCAUUCGGGACAAAUCUGUCGUGUUCCCCUUCGAUAAGCCGCGAAGCGUUCCGACUACUAAUGACAUCGCGGCUUUGGCGAUUGCUAUUAACAACGCAAAGGCAGGUCGGAAUGGAUAUGUGACGGGCCAAAAUUAGGUGUUUCCACUUUUUUUCUUGGUGGGGGAACGUUGAUGAGACGCUUCGGCGGUUUCAAUUUCUUCGCUUUUAGUGUUUGAGUUGGUUUUGAAGAGAUACCCAGUUCUAUUUAAAUAAUUUGAAAAACUUGUAAAUAUUU